CGGGACUCCCACGCUGCUGCUGUCUCUCCUCCAAACUUCUUCGCCUCUUUCCACAACCUUUCACAACUUGUCAGAUCCCUGCAAAGGUCCGAGACAUCACAGCUGACUGCAUGGCUACAUGAAAGUUUCAUGGACUUGGAACUUGGAAAACUUUUAGCGGCGCUUUAUUGGAGCUCGUCGCCUCUAUAGUUUCUGUGGAUUACUGGCAUAACGCAGGACCUUUGGCAGCUAUUUAUUGGGGGUUUUUAUAGUGUCUUCUGCUGAGGUCUGAGACGAGAUGGGGAGCAAAGCCCUGCACGCUCCGAUCCCCCUGCACCCGGCCCUCCAGCUCACAAACUACUCCUUCCUGCAGGCCGUCAACACUUUCCCCGCUGACCAGCUGCAGGGACUGUACGGCCUCAGCGCUGUGCAAACCAUGCACAUGAACCACUGGACUCUUGGUUACCCGCACAUCCAAGGACUGAGGUCGACGAUCACAGAGAUGGCAGCCGCCCAGGGUCUGAUGGACCCCAGGAUUCCCUUCCCAGCGUUACCCUUCUCAGCCGCAGCGCAGCUCUUCCACCCAAAACAAGCUGCCAUUGCACACGGCAUCCCCUCGCUGCACAAGGACAGGCCGAGGUUUGACUUCGCCAACCUGGCCCUCGCUGCCACUCAGGAGGACCCGCCAAAGGCUGCGGAUCUGGCAAAGUUGGCAUCGGGGCUUGGAGGAACCAUCUCCGAGCUGAGCAAGCUGUCCCCGGACAGAAAACCCACCCGGGGCAGGCUCCCAUCCAAGACUAAAAAGGAAUUUAUUUGCAAGUUCUGCGGCAGGCAUUUCACCAAGUCCUACAACCUCCUCAUCCACGAGAGGACCCACACAGACGAACGGCCCUAUACCUGUGAUAUUUGCCACAAGGCCUUUAGAAGGCAAGACCAUCUCAGAGAUCACAGAUACAUCCACUCCAAGGAAAAACCAUUCAAAUGUCAAGAAUGUGGGAAGGGAUUCUGUCAGUCUCGAACUCUAGCCGUCCAUAAAACCUUACAUAUGCAGGAGUCUCCCCACAAAUGCCCCACAUGCGGAAGAACCUUUAAUCAAAGAAGUAACCUGAAAACUCACCUUCUCACCCAUACAGACAUCAAGCCCUACAGCUGUGGCCGCUGCGGAAAGGUGUUUCGGCGCAACUGUGACUUGCGACGGCACAGUUUGACGCACAGCCCACAUCAGGACUACUAGCCUGGACAGACUAACAAAAUAACAGUGGACAAAACGCAGAAAGUCAAGUCAGCGACUGUUUUUGUUCAAAGACAAUCUCCAAAUCAGGACAUUUUAGAGUGGGAUUUGGUUGCAUCUCAAGUGGGACAGCAGCGGAGCCAUGGCCAUGUCCAGCUUUCAUAACACCUGUAAAUAUCAAGACCAUGUACAUAAUGUUGUUUUUUUUAUUUUCUGUCUGACCUUGAAAUGAUAAAGUUGUCAAAAAAACAGUCAUAAGUUUAAAGUAUGUUAAAUUGUAUUUUAGAAAAUAAAUAUUUCCAUGAUA